AUGCAGCCUGCUUCUGCAAAAUGGUACGAUCGAAGGGACUAUGUCUUUCUUGAAUUUUGUGUUGAAGACAGUAAAGAUGUUAAUGUAAAUUUUGAGAAAUCAAAACUUACCUUCAGUUGCCUUGGGGGAAGUGAUAAUUUUAAACAUUUAAAUGAAAUUGAUCUUUUUCAUUGUAUUGAUCCAAAUGAUUCUAAGCAUAAAAGAAUGGACAGAUCAAUCUUAUGUUGUUUACGAAAAGGUGAAUCUGGUCAGUCAUGGCCAAGGUUAACAAAAGAAAGAGCCAAGCUUAAUUGGCUUAGUGUGGACUUCAAUAAUUGGAAAGACUGGGAGGAUGAUUCUGAUGAAGAUAUGUCAAAUUUUGACCGUUUCUCUGAGAUGAUGAACAACAUGGGUGGUGAUGAGGAUGUAGAUUUACCAGAAGUAGAUGGAGCAGAUGAUGACUCACAAGACAGUGAUGAUGAAAAAAUGCCAGAUGUGGAGUAA